AUGCGCGACGCAAAGCCGGCGUUGACUCUAACGCUGGCCGAUAUUAGCUCAGGACAAGUGGAUGUCAGUCUUGUGGAGCGGUCAAGGAGUCUUGGAAGUAUUGCUUCAACGCGACCGACUCGACGCAGAAGCAGUCUAUCGAUGGGGCCGGGGAAACCUAAAUCUCGUCGUGAUAGUCAAGCUGGCCUCGAAACCAAAAGCGACUGUCUCCAGCUUCCUGAGAGUACAGGUUCUGAUGCGGACAACUCCGACGCAUUGGUGCAUAGCUUGAAAACGGAGUAUCUUGAAGUGAGUCACCAGCUAAGUAGCGUGAGAGAGCAACUAAGUGCUUUGCAUUUGGAACGUGAAGAAGCGGUGAAAAGGGAACAGGAAGUAGCAGCUCGUCAGCUCGAAGCGUUGCUACAGGAAACCCAAAAAGUGCAGCGCGAACGUGAUGAUAUGGUAGCAGUGAACAAGCUCCUACUGAGACACAAGCGGGCGUCAACGGCCACACAAGCCGAGUUGGAAGCUGUGAAAAACGAGCAGAGACAACUGCAACGCCACCAAGAGGAACUAGAGCACACGUUGAUAGAUCUCCAGGCACAACUUGCAGAGCAGACGACUGUGUCGGAAGAAAGACGAGAGCAAGUGAAUCAUCUUCGCCAUGAGAAAGAAAUACUUGCGUUACAGUGGCAGGAGCUGCAAGAAGAAUACCGAGACACUCAGAGUCACGUAGACGAGUUGCACGACCGCCUGGUAGACGCCCAGCGAGCGCAUCGUGCCGUUGAUGUUGUCCUAGCUGCACUUCGGGCUUCCCAUACAGCCAAGACCCAGCAGGUGCGAGAACUACAAGCGGCGCUCGAGGCUGCCAACUCGCGCGCUUCAAUGCCCCCAUCAGCACUGGGAACUCGACACAGGCUUAAGGACACCAGCACCGACCUGAAUCAGCACCGCGAUGAACUGCUGGUAGAAUUGUCAUUCCAUGACCAGCAGCUACAGCAGUUGCAAGAACAAGUUUGUGCGCUAGAACUGGUAAACACCACGAGUAAGCAGCUUCUGGCGUCGAUGCACGAAGAGUUGAGAGAAGCGCAGAACCGUGAGCGCAACAUGCGUGGUACAUUUAGUGCCGAGCUGGAACUUAUUCGCAAAAAGGUGGAGCAGGAAGCACUCACUUCGCAAAGCGAUUUGAAACGUCAGAUAAGCGAGCUUGAGCAGCGCUGCGGUGAUGAGCGUAUCGAAAACAUUCGGCUUCAGGCAGCAGUGGAAGAAUUGGAAAGCGCUAAUCGGGCUCGUGGGGCAGCUCAAGCGAGAGAACAGGAGAUCCUGGUGCAGUUCAAGAAACAACUAGAAAACGGCAUUGUUGUAACCAAGUUCGGGACACGCGGUGUGCCCCACCAGAGAGUCGUUUAUGCAGAUGCUCAGUGCAAGUGGUUGUCGUGGCGCUCACCUGCAACGUCGGUCACGCAGAGCUCGCUCAGUCAACCAAAACCUGACUCUAAAGCUGACACUUGCGACCUGGUCGAGGUGUUACCGGGUGCCACAACUGAGAACUUUGCUCGCCAGCGACCUGAUGCACCUGCCCGCUGCUUCUCACUCGUGUUCGUGCAUCCUUGCCGCACUCUGGAUCUACAGACAGACACCGCCGCGCAGUGUCAGCAGUAUCUUCGAGGUUUUCGUUUACUGCUUGAGGAGGCUGCAACUAAGCACCGUUAG